GCAAUAUAUAUUUGUAGUUGACAAGAAUAUGCACGUAAAGAGAACCAGAUGUAUGAAAAGCAAGGUAUACAAUAUUAGUUUUUGCAGAAAUGGUUCACAUCAAUGUCGACAAGUUUGUCAAGUUCCACUGGAAAUGCAGUUAUCAGAGAAGAAGACUUCUUUGCGGUGGCCAACGGGGCAAAGACGUGUAAAAUUGACACUGAACUCUUUCGGCCUGUUGGCGACGGCAAGGAUAUUGUAGCAAGAGCAAGAAGCAAGCAGCACAGUGGGCCAGAUCGUUACCACCUUUUGUACAAUAAUUGCGAGCACUUUGCUUUCUGGUGUCGCUAUGGUGUGUCAAUCAGCUUUCAGGUCCUGAAAAUGAACUUCCCUUUUUUAAUAUCUUUAAUACGGCUCAUACCAGAACAAUGGAGAAUGGUGCAAGCUAAAAAUGAUUUGAAGACUUAUAGCGAAACAACUGAACAGGUGAAUCGAAAUCUGAAUACAAUAUCGGAAUCAUUGCAAAAGGAGAAAACGAGAGUGGAUGAGUUGUCUAAUGAAAACCAUUUCAGGAAAGAGGAAGAGAGAUUGAAAGCCAUUAUAGUGAACUUGUCCAAAGAGAGAGAGAAACUGACGGAAAAGGAAAAAAACCUAAUGUUAACGCAAGAAAGGAUGAAAGAAGAAAUAUCAAGCUUACGCAGUAUCUUUCCUACCUUUACAUAUAUGGGGAAAGAGAGGAAGAGAUUAAGGGAAACGAAAAUUCAAUACAGAAAACUAACCAUCCCCAUUCUUCAAGAACUCAGAGGGAUUAUUAAGAAAGAAGAAAAUAAAAUAAAAGAGAAUGAACACGUCAUAACAGCAAAGAAAAAAAUGGUGGAAGAGAAAAGAGAGAUCGUCACAGAAGAAGUGAGUCUGGAGAAAGAGAAACGUAAGUUGCAGGAAGAAUACGACAGACUGGUAAAGGAGAAACAAAUGUCUAAUAAUUCAACUGAGGUUGAAAGAACUUUGUCUAUUAGAGAAAGGUUGCUGGAGAAGAAACUUCGUUGGGACACUCAAAUGAACGAGUUGUUGGCAAAAAAAGAGAAGUGGUUAACAAAGAGAGCAAAGUUAAUGAGUGAAUAAGUGGGUAAGUAGAACGAAAUGUUUGUAAUUCUGUGUCUUGUUUCAUUGCACUAGGUUCUCUUAUUAAAUAUAUCGAGAAAAUAUUAAUUUUGUAUGAAGUUAGAAUUAUGAAAUUAGUAUUAUUUCGUAGUGCUUAUAUGUGUAUACAUAUUCGGAUUUACUUAUAUGGGGGCUAUGAGCAGGAAAAGCAAUGUUAUACGCAGCUGCAAACAAUUGUAGCGUUAUAGCUGCAUUACUGCCAAUGUGACGUUAAACUAUAAUCAUUCAUUUUGUGAAUUUGUCUGUGAAAAGUAUACCGUGCAAAAAGAAUAUUCUCCUGCACACUGCAACUGUAACAAGAAAGAAAAAAGACUUUUGGGCAGUGACGUAUUCCACUGAAGAAUUUCAAAGAAAAAAUCCAAGUACAAUUGUCGCCAAUGGGUUAGA